CCUUCAUAAAGAAUUGGGACACAGCCACUGUUAAAGAAUCAGUCACGUCUCAUCUCGUCUGUUGGAAAAAGCCCUUCUGGUCUGAGUUCUUCGGUCUGCUCUGACUUGGUUGUAUCAGAAGGUUUAGGAUGACCCAUCAGUUUCCUCCCCUCACCACUGAGAAAAAGAAGGAGCUACAUGAGAUAGCUUUGCGUAUAGUGUCACCAGGGAAAGGCAUCCUAGCUGCAGACGAGUCCAUAGGCAGCAUGGGGAAGCGUUUGAACCAGAUAGGGGUAGAGAACAACGAGGAGAACCGCCGUCUCUUCCGUCAGGUGCUCUUCACCGCUGAUGACCGCAUUGAUAACUGCAUCGGUGGAGUGAUCUUCUUCCACGAAACACUCUAUCAGAACUCUGAUGAUGGCAUCCCGUUCGUUAAGAUGAUAAAGGACAAGGGCAUCACUAUCGGGAUCAAGGUUGAUAAAGGUGUAGUCCCCUUGCCAGGGACUAAUGGAGAGACCACUACACAAGGUCUGGAUGGGCUCUCAGAACGCUGCGCUCAGUAUAAAAAGGAUGGAGCUGACUUUGCAAAGUGGCGCUGUGUGAUGAAAAUCAGUGAUACCACCCCGUCAAACCUGUGCAUUACAGAAAAUGCAAAAGUCCUUGCUCGCUAUGCUACUAUUUGUCAGCAGCAUGGGAUUGUACCCAUCGUGGAACCUGAGAUCCUGCCUGAUGGAGACCAUGAUUUAAAGCGCUGCCAGUUUGUCACAGAGAGGGUGCUUGCAGCGGUCUACAAAGCCAUGUUUGAUCAUCACGUGUAUCUGGAAGGCACACUACUCAAGCCCAACAUGGUAACCCCUGGACACAGCUGCCCAACCAAAUACAGUGCAGAGGAGGUUGCCAUGGCAACAGUCACUGCUCUGCGUCGUACUGUCCCACCUGCUGUCACGGGGGUGACCCUUCUCUCAGGAGGUCAAAGUGAGGAAGAGGCCUCCAUUAACCUAAAUGCCAUCAAUAACUGCCCGCUGGUGAAGCCCUGGGCUCUUUCCUUCUCGUUCGGCCGAGCUCUGCAGGCCUCAGCUCUGAAGACCUGGCGUGGACAGAGAGAAAACGAGACCGCCGCAACCGAUGAAUUCAUCAAACGAGCAGAGAUCAACAGUCUGGCAUCCCAAGGAAAGUACACAGUUUGUGGUGACAGCGGUGGAGCCAUUGGUCUAUCCCAUUAUCUUUCCAGCUAUGCAUAUUGAAAUGCUGUUGAUUCCCAUAUUCCAGCAUUAGCUGAAAGCUAGCAAAUUUCACUGCCACUUCCAUAUAAAACUCUGAAACAUAUGUAGAUUAAU